AUGGCCUCCGACAGGUCUGGCUGCCACCAUCACCAUGACAGAUUUCGCCCGUCUCUUGAGAUAGACGAGAUUCUCCCCGUCGAUGAAGUUGCUGUCACCUCUUCUUCUUCUCGUCGGUCAUCAACCUCCACUUCGUCCACCGCAUCUUUGAAAGCAACAAAAUCUCCAGCGCAAGACUCUGUAACUAUGCCAACCUCCACGGAGCACCAGAGGUACUCAUCUUUCAGCAAUGCCCAGAAACGCUUCAUCGUGACCAUGGUCACCCUAGCCUCCUUCUUCUCUCCCCUCUCCGCGCAAAUCUAUUACCCCGUCAUGCCGACCCUUGUCGAAAAGUACCACCUCUCCAACGCUCUGAUCAACCUGACUAUCACCACCUACAUGAUCCUCCAGGGCCUCGCGCCUGCAUUCAUGGGCACAUUCGCCGACAUCUGUGGCCGUCGCCCUGCCUACGUCCUUGCAUUCGCCAUCUACACUGCAGCAAACAUUGGUCUUGCCCUGCAGAACAACUACCCGGCGCUCAUGGUGCUGCGGUGCCUCCAGAGCGCGGGAAGUAGUGGCACGGUUUCUUUUGGAUACGGGGUUAUUGCGGAUAUAGUGACGCCGGCGGAACGCGGGACGUAUGUUGGGCCUAUGGCAGCGGGCGUUAUGCUGGCGCCAGCGCUGGGCCCGGUUAUCGGGGGGUUUUUGGCAAAGUUUUUGGGUUGCAGGAGUGUGUUUUGGUUUCUGGUCAUUGUUGCCGGAGGAUACUUGGUUUUAUAUGCCCUUUUUGUGCCGGAGACUGCGAGGAAGGUUGUUGGGGAUGGGAGUUCGCUACCUAAGGAGAGGUGGAGGUGGACUGGUGCUCAGUGGUGGCAGAGGGGGAGGAAGCCUGCCUCUGCUGUCAACAACAGGGCUGAAGCUGGUAUUGAGCCUGCAACCGUACAAGACGAUCUAAAUGGCGUUGGGAAUGCAGUCGGGGCUUCGAGACUACGCUUUCCUAACCCCCUCAAGGCGUUUACUAUCCUCCUCGAGCCAGAUGCCCUCAUCAUAAUCUCGGCCAUUGGCCUCUUGAUGCUCACCAAUGUUGCCCUGCUCACCAGCACCCCAAGUCUCUUUUCUGAAAUCUACGGCUUCAAUGAUCUUCAAAUUGGCCUAUGCUUCCUCCCUCUAGGAAUUGGCGCCGCUCUGGGUGCAAUCCUCAACGGCGUCUUCUUGAACCACAGCUACCGGCAUCACGCCGAAUCCCUAAACCUCCCUUUGGACCCAUUAAUAGCUACCAAUCUCCAGGGCUUCCCAAUUGAACGAGCCCGCUUACGGCCUUUCUUCCCCCUCAUAAUUCUUACAAUCCUAACGAUAAUCCCGUAUGGUUUCGUCCUCGAGCGACGAACCAACCUCGCCGCGCCCCUAAUCCUCCAAUUCCUCAACGGCUUCGCCACAAUAGCAUGCACAAACUCCCUCAAUACCCUCCUCGUCGACCUCUUUCCCGAUCAGCCGGCCACUGCCGCAGCGGCAUGCAAUCUGAUUCGAUGCUGGCUGGGCGCUCUCGGGGCAGCUGUUGUGGAAUUUAUGCUUAGCGCAAUGGGAUGGGGAUGGUGCUUUGCUUUUUUGGGACUUCUGAUGUUGGUUUCUGUUGGUCUUGUAGGGGUAGAGUAUGUUUAUGGAGCAAGGUGGAGGGAGAGUAGGAGGGUUCCGCGCGAGAUGGACUGUGAGGAUGGAAGAAAUGCGUUGCAGCUCAUUGAUGAGACGGAAGAGGAGGAUGGAAAGGCUUCAGGAAAGGAUGGAAAGGCUUCAGGAAAGGAUGGAAAGGAUACUGCUACUGAUUUUGGCACGGGAAUUUUGGAAAAGAAUCCGCGUGGGCUCACCACAGUUUAG